CAACAUCCUUUAACAUACAGUCAUGUUGAGCUCAGCCAAGUCUGCCAGACCUUUAGUCCGUGUUUCCGGCUCGGCAGCCAGAACUCUCUACACCUCUGUCUUGGAGUCCGACCUCAACAUCACCAAGAACGGAAAAGUCAAUGUAGCUAUCGGUUCCGGUGGCCGUUCGUCGCGUACAGGCUACACGGCUACUGUAUUCGGUGCUACCGGCUUUUUGGGCCGUUACUUGACCUCCAAGCUUGCCAGACAUGGUACCACAACCAUCGUUCCCUUCAGAGACGACAUGAAGAAGCGUUUCUUGAAAGUCACUGGAGACUUGGGUGUUGUAAACUUUGUCGAGUUUGAUGCCAGAAAUGUCAAGUCAAUUGCAGACUCGGUCGCCCACUCAGAUAUUGUCUUCAACUGUAUCGGUGCCGACUACGAAACAAAGAAUUUCUCUAUGGCAGACGUUAACAUCUCCAUCACUGAGAGAAUCGCCCAGGCUACAAAGGAAGCUGGCGUUCCCAGAUUCGUCCAUGUCUCGUCAUACAACGCCAACCCUAAGUCCGAAUCCAUUUUCUACGCUACUAAGGGUAUUGGUGAACAAGUCGUAAGGGAUAUUAUCCCCAGCGCUACCAUCGUCAGACCUUCGCCCAUGUAUGGUAGAGAAGACAAUUUGUUGAACUACUUGGGGCCAAAGUUGAAGAUGUGGACUCCAGGCAAAAACAGUAAAGAAAUAUACCCCACCUAUGUUCUCGACGUCGCUAGAGCCUUGGAAAAGAUCGGUUACGACGACUCCACAGCUGGCCAGACCUACGAAUUGUAUGGGUCAGAGAAAUUAUCCUUCUUAGAAAUCAGACAGAUGAUCCACGGAAUCACCCAGGACUUUUCCAAUGCCGGCCCCUUGUCAUACAACUUUGCUGACUAUAACUUGCCCUUGCCUAUUGCCAAAUUAGUAGCCCAGCUUAAGCAGUUACCCUACUGGAAAUUGACGAACCCAGACCAAGUCCAGAGACACGUCAUUAACCAGGUAAUCGAUCCUACAGCCAAGACGUUCAAGGACUUGGGUAUUGAAGACACCACCAAGUUGGCUGAUGUCUUGUUCACAUAUGUCAAGCACUGGAGACAUCCUUUGAUUGCCCAAAAGGGAGCUCCUUCCAAGAAAGAGUUGGCCAAGUUGCGUCAACUUGAGCACUUUACUUAGUUCAAUGAAAAUUCAAUCAUUAAAAAUUGACUAUUGAAUGAAAUGAAAGAGCAAAGAAAUCGAAAGAAAUUCAAUACUUCAAAAUUGUUGCAUCAAUGAAUACUCAAGCAGAAUUUGAAUACAAAUCAACUCUUUGAAUUGGUUUUCUCUUUUGUUCAAGACAUACACUCAACUUCAUCAAAUCAUCUGAAUAGAACUAGACAGCAUAAAUAAGAUUGAUUCUUAAGUCCAAUCUACUGGUCUACGUUUUCUUCGUACACGUUUAUAUUUAUAUAUAUUGCAUAUCUUCAUUUUGUUUAUUAGUAUUAAUAAAUUUGCCUACG